AUGUCUACCGGAAACUCCCUGGACCUUCCUGGAUCACUACCAGCGAACGCUAUUCUCAGUCCAAACUUUUCUGAUAUCCCUCGCCACGAAACAAAGGAAACCGCCCCAACCAUAAAACUCGUUGAUUCAAGUUCCAAUGGCAGUACAACCUCGUCAUCGUCCAACAGUCGCUCUAACUUCGCCAGUGCUGCCCAGAGCUUGACCAGCUCCCAGCAACCUUCUUCAAACACCUCUUCAAACACCACCCUUGACGUGAACAAACAACAACAACAACAACAACCCAGACGUAAAUUAACCGACUUAUCUCACUUGUACCUUGCCGACCAUGCUUCGGAUUCUCAAAUAGGACUUUCCAGAGAAAACUCGCACAAGUUACUAUCUCAGUACCUUGGCAACAACAGUGACAAACUUUUGCCUCGUAUGAAGACCAUGGACAUGUAUCGUGAAAACGCAAAGAAAUCUAGCGACCCAUAUGUGAUUUUCCAAUUUGCCCAGUAUAUUUUGCAAACCGCCCUAUUAUUGGAUGAAGAAGAUGCUAAAGGUACCAAUACCGACAACAACAAGAAUAAUAAGAAUAAUAGUAAUAGUAAUAUUGGCAACGAGAUUUCCGAGCUUGAAACCGUGAAAAAAGAUUUAUUGAAAGAAGCCUCACAUUACCUCAAGAAAUUGUCCGAUAAAGGUUACACCGAUGCCCAAUAUUUAUUGGCCGACGCUUACUCUUCCGGGGCGCUUGGGAAAGUCAAUAACAAUAAAGCGUUCCAGCUUUUCCAAACCGCCGCAAAACAUGGCCACGUGGAAUCUUGUUAUCGUACCUCCCAUUGCUAUGAAGAAGGUAUUGGCACUCAACGUGAUGCCAAAAAAUCAAUCCAAUUCCUCAAAUCUGCAGCCUCUCGUAAUCAUCCUGCCGCAAUGUACAAACUUGGUUGUUACUCUUAUCAUGGAAGUAUGGGGCUUGGGAAAGAUGACAACACUAAGAAAGCCGGGAUAAAAUGGCUCACCAUCGCGGUCUCCAAGGCUAAUGAAUUGAUUUGUGCCGCACCUUACGAACUUGGGAAAAUUUACGAGUCUGGGUUUAAAGAUAUUGUGAUUCCUGAUAAGAAAUAUGCUCUUGAACUAUACGUCCAGGCAGCUUCUCUAGGACAUGUUCCCAGCGCCAUUAUUCUCGGGAAAGCUUAUGAGUUAGGAACCGAUAUUCCUCAGGAUGCAAACUUGUCAAUCCAUUAUUAUACCCAAGCGGCAAUGGGCGGGAGUGCUGAAGCAAUGCUUGCAAUGUGUGCUUGGUAUCUUGUGGGCGCCGAACCUUUCUUACCACGGGAUGCCAAUGAAGCGUUUGCUUGGGCCACCAGAGCCGCCAAUCUUGGUUUCCCAAAAGCUCAGUACGCCGCGGGGCAUUUCUUGGAAAAAGGAAUUGGUUGUGAAGUGGAUCUUGAAGAGAGUCAAAAAUGGAUUCAAAAAGCAGCCCGUAAUGGUGAUUUGAGAGCUAAGCAAAAGAUUGGAAAUAACGUGGAGGUUGAAAAAGAAGAAAAAGAAUGUAUUAUUAUGUAA